AUCUCCGUAGCGCAGGCCACGUACGUACCGGUACGUUAUAUACGUGUUGUAAACUGACUAGCAGACGCCGUUUUAUGUGCGAAACAUUUGCACGCAAAGUCUAUAUGGGAAUUUACAUGUUAAAGCAUGCAGAUUGGUCAAGACAGGUAGCAUCAGUUUCAUAGAUUUAGCAAUUAUUAGCAAAAAAUCUACAAAUAAAGGACUAAUCAUGGCGCUUGAAGAGCUGAUGCGUGAACUAUUUCUAAAUCCAAUCAACCUUGGUCUCUUGUCGGUAUGUGGUUAUUUGCUUUAUAAAAUCGUCAGAGGCAACAGAACACCACCGGAGCCUCCACAGCCGCCUCGUCUGCCGAAGAUGAAGAGGAAAGAUUUCCAGGUAUCAGAACUGACCGAAUAUGAUGGUAUUAAAAACGAAGGACGCAUCUUGGUUGCUGUGAAUGGAAAAGUUUUUGAUGUCUCGAGAGGAAGAAAGUUUUAUGGCCCAGAGGGCCCUUAUGGUGUUUUUGCUGGACAUGAUGCAUCAAGAGCGUUAGCGACAUUCUCACUGGAAAAGGAAACUUUGAAAGACGAGUUUGAUGAGCUUUCAGACCUCACCUCCGAACAGAUGGACAGCGUGAGAGAAUGGGAAAUGCAGUUUAUGGAAAAGUAUGACUACAUCGGGAAACUCCUGAAGCCAAAUGAGGAGCCCACCGACUAUUCUGAUGAGGAGGAAGCGGACAAAAAGGACAAUUAACAUCCUCCUCUGCGGACUUCAAGUUUUGCACCUGCCAUUGUUCCUCAAUUUUCUUCAAUCAAGAGUGCCGAAGUUUCAUGUCGUCCCCAUUCUCACAAUGAUUAUUAACGUGGGUUAUGAAUUAUGUACGUUGGGGACACUUUCUAUACAUGUGUAUGUGAUGAUAUUCACAAAUGAUGCGGAUGUUGAGUAAUUGUUUAUUCGUUGGAUGUUUUAAAGAUUUCUUAGAUUUACUUACACAGUUGGCUCCAUGCACAAGACUGUAGUAUCACUUCUUUCCUUUUUCUUUCUGACCCAUUUAAAACCAGGAUUUUUUUGAAAGGGAGAAAUAGAUUAUCUCUCUCUUCUUUAAAUUGGCAGUGCUGAUAAUUGCUUUACUGUGACACCAUUUCAACAAGAAGGUGGAAAUACUUAAAUGAAAUUAAAUUGAAGAGUUAAGAUUCAUGAAUUUGAGCACGUUGCCAAUUUAAUAAAGUUAAGUUAAUGUUAUGUUAUUUCUUGUAUCAUGUAAUAUUUGCUAAUGCAAAAGAAAAUGAGCCGCGACUGUUCAGAAAUAUUUGCAUUCUUUGCUCAUGAGUUCGAUAUAUUUUGUUUAGGACUGUGAUUCAAGAUAUCGGGCAAAACCUAAUGAUGAUAAAUAUUGUUCUGGAUGGGUAAAAAAAGACCAAUUGUUAUGGCUAUUGUCACAGAAUCAGGUUGGAGUAUAAACGCCCUCCUUACCCUCUACAGUCGACCUUUGGUAUGUGACAAAUCUAAUUAAUUGUAGGUCACAGCCAUUCUUAGAUGGAUGUAGAACUUUUACAGUGAAUUCAUACUGAAUCUUCUUAACCAAUAUAGUUAACAGCCUUCUGGUUCUUAACAGACGACCUGAGCAGUGUCUCACAAAUCCACCAGUGAUACCAAAAUUGGCAACAUUCUAUUGAAAUUGUUGUUGAUGUUAAAACGGGUGCUUCAAUGGAAUGUCUGAAAAUUUGUGCCAACGAUUGAUUUGUGAAACCCUGCCCUGUGGUCUAUGGCAGUCCAUGAGUAUUCAGAAUUGCACUACGAAACUACUACGCAAAUAGAUAGAGGGAUGCUUCCAUUAAAGGUGUAUAUUUCUUCCUUCUGGCAAUUAGCUAGCAGUUAAAGCUGAUUCAAGGUGAGGUAGGAAUUGAUCACAGCGAUGAGGUCAUACUGACUGCCAACCGUAGUUUGGAGGCUAUCAUCUUGUGUUGUACGAAACAGGUGCUGAUACUGUUGAGUUCAAGUACAGAUGAGUUGUUGGAAGGCACUCUACGUGACGUCUGAAAUGUUUGCCUACUUCAGGUAAAAUUAAUGAUGAUGAUAAUGUUCUAGAUUUAUGUAGCGCCUAAUACAUCUACGAUGUCUCUAAGCAUCUUUCAUAAAUUAGCUACUUUUGAGUGUGUAUGUAUGCAAACUCUAUACAGCUUUCAACCGGAAGUGAAACCGAGAUUUAAAAAAAAAAUUUAAUCAAUACCAACCCUUACAUUUUCACUUCAUUAAUAUACUGCUUGUGCACAUAUUUCUCAUGAGCAUUUUUUAUGUGGAUAGUUAAAUGCUUUCACAUAAUGGGAUAAAAAUCAUAAUCCAGACAUAAAUAUAAAUAAGUGGAAUAGAAUGUGUUUUUCUCUGCCGUACGGGCUAUCAUUGUUGGUGAACUUGCUGUGGUACUUUGCCCACACACAAAAGCAUUUCUGCCAGAUGUUGAUCUUCAAAUCAGUCUAUUGAUUUUUCAUUUAUAUUGUCCCGUUUUGAAGACUUUUUUGUGCAAUGUUGCAAAAAAAACAUUCCACAUUGCCAGUACAAUGAUAGCAUUAAUUCAUACGUGAGGCACUUGGGUAAAAACCAAGCUCUAUUAAUGUAAUUAAUAUGAAAAGCCAGGAGCUCUUUGAUAAAUCCAUUAAUUACAUGCAUUACAUUACAUGCUACAUUGAUUAGUUUUCCAGCUUGCUAUUUUAAAUAUAAUAGGCCUUCAUACUUACCUUUUAGGGAUUUUUUUCUUUCUCACUAGGGUGCUAAGAAAAAUGUUUGACAGAUCUCCCAAUAAUGGAAGUAAAUCCUAUGAUUAGUUGCCCAGGCAACAGAUUCACUUGCUUUAACAUUGUAAAGAAAAAGAUAUAAAAAGUUCAUAAAUUUCAUUUUGUAUCUGACUAUCUGUGACUGUUUUUCUUCUUUAAUUACAAAGAUCUGUCAGUGACAAAUACUGGUAUGCUUUGAAUUCGAGAGCGCUUUAACUCUGGAAAGUUCAAUAAGAGCCCUGGUCAAAUCAAAACAAAAAAUAUAUGAUACACAUAUUUUCUGCUUAGAAAUUGUUUAAAAGAGCACUUAAGAACGAAUGGAUAUAUUUUAUGCUGAUAUAUAUCUGGAUUUUCUAUUUCAAAAAACUGUUUGAUAAUGGUUGUCCUUGAUUCAUAUUGCUUGUAAAUAAAGUUUGCUCUGGGAUAUUGGG